AUGUCCAACCAACACCAUAACCAGGUCUCCGACCUCCCGCCAAGUUAUGAUGCAUCACAAGCAUCCUGGUCGGGGAGCCCAAGCCAGCACCAGCCACAGGCCGAGGCCAACCCGCCCCCAUAUCACAACUGGCAAGAGGCAGUCCCCGACACAGCCACAUUCCCACCACCACCGAUCACAGGCUAUUUGAUCUCCGGCACAGGCAACGCCUCAGAAGACGAUGCACAGCGCGCCCAUGACUUCUGCGACUCGGUCCCGCUGUGGCUCCCCACCAAGCCCUCUGCCGCUGUGUACCACGACGUGCAGACGCACGAUCUGAGACCCGUGCAUCCGAACGAGCUGCGUGGCCACGUCUCGGCCGUGGCUCGCGGCCGCUGGCGUGGACACAGCGCCGAUGGCAAUGGGGACUGUGUCGUUCUCAGUCAGCUGCCGAUGUACUUCCCGCUAGAGGACUCGCCGUUUGUGCGGGAGCUGAAAAAGACCAUUUACUUUGAGGUGAAACUACUGGCGCUGAGGGCGGGCCCGACGCCGCAGGAUUGCAGUGGGUUUUCGAUUGGGUUUGUUGCGCAGCCAUAUCCAUCGUGGCGAUCCCCUGGCUGGGAAAGGGGUGGAUUGGGAGUGUUUUCUGAUGAUGGAUGUCGGUUUGUGAAUGAUUCGUUUGGGGGCCGGGAUUUUACUACGGGGUUCAAGGUGGGUGAAACCGUUGGGUUGGGGAUGGAGUUUUCCCUCCCAGAUGAUAUCUGCAGUGGGGAUAAGAACAAGAGAUGCAAGGUGCAUAUCUUCUUCACAAGAAAUGGACGCCGAUCCGAGGGGUGGGAUCUGCAUGAGGAGGUUGACUCGGAUUCCGGGGGCAUCGAGGGCUUGGAAGGGGACUAUGACCUCUACGGGGCGAUUGGGCUGUUCGGUGGCGUCGAUUUUGAGUCUUGUUUCGACCCUGCAGGCUGGCUAUGGAAACCCGAGUGA